AAUCGAAAGUGGCAAAAACGUAAAAGCGGCAAAAAGCUCGAUUCAGUGUUAGGCUAGCUCUAACUUGAGUAAGAUUUAUUGCAAGAGUGUUGUGGUGGGUCAACUCUUAAUUUAAAAAGUGUAUCUGACUGGUUACCUAUAGCUAGCAUGGUGUUAAUUUAUGCUCUUUCAGCCUGUCUGAUUCUUCUUUUCUACGCUAGUAUCCAGCAAUUUUGUGGUUAGAGGUUAACUCCUAUUUGUAAUAAUGGGACAUUAAAUAUGGAUACCUCAGUCAGGGAAACUUGAAUUAAUCUGUAACUAACUAUGUUAUUAAAUGCUACAGACUAAAUUACAAGGUACUGUAGAGUGCUUAACUCACAUCUGAAAGGCUGUGGCCUCGAUACCCACAUAAAUGUGGCACCUCCUUUUAAAAAAAUAGUUUAAAAACUUUUGGAGUAAAGAAGAAGAUAGUAUAUCUGGUGCUAAAAGCUCUUGCUGAUUAACUUUUUAUGUUGACUUUGCUAUAAAAAUAACUCUGUCGUACUUGUCAGUUACCUCCAGUAUACUCAUUCUCUAGUCGAAUACCGAUUAAUUAAAUGAAUUUAUACUCUAUGGCCAGUCAAGUUUUUUAAUAUGCACUUUUUAGUCAUCUUUUUUCCAUAUAAGGCUGUGUAGUCUUGAUUUUGUAAUUAGUAGUGUAAUUAAUUGGCUACCAAUUAAUUACAGGUUUUUUAGGACUGUUUAACUGUACUUUAAUGUCCAUUUUCCCUGUCUUACAAGCUAAAGUAGGAAUAGAAAACUUUUUACCACAUUUUAUUACAGAGGUAAAUAAUUUAGUAAAGCAAAAAAUGCAGAAUAAUGUUUCCUUUUUCAUGUACUGCUUAUUGGAAAAUACAUUUAUGGCUAUGUCAGAGAAAAUAAGGAUUUGCCUGACUAAAAUUAAAAAAUACAUUUUGGAAAAUGAAGCACCUUGGGAGCAAAAAGGAGGUCUGCACAGUUCCAAUUUUUAAAAUUUGUUGGUCAGGGUAACGUAUAUGCAGACAAUCCCCAUGGUAAUUUUUUCCAUUAGCAUUUCCAAAGUUUACCUGUAUAACCCACUGAUCUGUUGUUUCUAUUUUAUUUUGUGUGUUUUGAACAAUUUAUCACCAGCUUGCUAUAUGAUGGUAUUAUCUCCCAUGUAACCUACUCUGAGUAAACAGUGCAAGUUAAACAAGUAUUCUUCUUAUUCAUCUGCCAGACCAAUUUUUAUAGCCUAAUAAUUCUAGACUUUACUUCAAAACUUGCAAAAAUAUGAAGUUAUGGCUAGAUGGAAUGGCAUCAAAUUUUUUUUUUUUGUCUGUGUAUAUAAUUGUUAAGUUCUAUUUAAAUUUGUAGCAAACUGAUGAUUUAAAAUAAGAAUGAUCAAAACCCCUUUUAAGAUGGCUGUUAAAAACGCAGGUAAUAAUCAAGUGAACAACAAUACGUGGGAGGGCUUGCGGAAAACUGCAAGGCAGGUGGAAAAUGAAUUAGAAAUGAAGUUGGUUUCCUUUAGCAAGUUGGGUACAGGUCAACACAAAGAAUUCCAUAAAACAGAAGAAAAAGAAGCCUUGUUAGGGUCAAGUAGUGAUAGAAUGUUUGAAACAAUGUCCAUGGAGAUUGAGAGAUUAUUGACUAAAUUAACUGAAGUUAAUGACAAAAUGGCUGACUUUUUAUCCAACCUCAGUUUUGGUGAACCAAACUCUGCACAGCUUCACACUAUGCAACGACAUCGUGAUAUAUUACAGGAUUAUUCUCAUGAGUUUGUAAAGACAAAAGCAAACAUUAAGGCAACAAGAGAUAGAGAAGAUUUGAUGGGAUCUGUGCAUAGAGAUAUAUCUGAUUUCAAAAAUGGACUCAACAGACGUACAGAUCUUUACCUUAAAGAAAAUGAUCAUAUUCGUAAUUCAGAUCGCAUAGCAGAUGAAACCAUUAAUAUUGCACUUGCCACAAAAGAGAAUUUAAGUGCACAGCGCAGGAUGUUUCAAUCAUUAUCGAGCAGAGUGAUUGGUGUUACAAACCGAUUCCCUGCAAUAAAUAAUCUUGUUCAAAAAAUCAAUAUUCGUAAACGUAGAGACACUCUUAUAAUUGGUGUUGUGAUAUCAAUUUGUUUGAUUUUGAUGCUUCUAUACGCUUUUCAUUAAAAUCUUUAAUAUUUAAUUUUAUAUAUAAAUCUAAUGUGUGUAAAUUUUACACAUCUUUAAAAUUAACAUGUAACAGUUGUGAUCCAGGCUUUUUUGGGAAGAUUUUGUUAUUUGUACGGCAAAGAGCACAAGUCACAUUUCCAAAUUAAUGUGAUUGUAUGUUAUUUGCUUAUUUAAAUAAACAUUUUAGUGUUAACUAUAUGGCUAAUGUAAGAAACUAACCUUGAGCUUUUUUGUUGACACUAAGCUAUAGUUUUGAAAUAGUUUUAAGCCUCACAAUUUCCAUGGAAAAUCUACAAUUCACAACAGAAAUGUGAAAGUAAAUCUGGCUUGCCUCCACAAGUUUUUUCCAACCAAUAUUUUACAUAAAAAAUAAUCAUUUAGCAAAAUAUAAAAAACUUUUACAAAGAAAAGAACAGUUCAUUGUGGCUUGAUAUAGUAGUUUUCAGGAUUUUUUUGUUUUGUUGCACUAGUUUUGUAUUGUUGUUUUUUGAGAAUUUGGUGUCUAUUUAUUGAGGUAUGUUUUGUUGUUACUUUAGAAAUAGAAAAUAGCAAGAAAAAAGACUUUCUUUUAAGAUAUUGAUGAGCAAAUAAAUUCUGAGUAUGUGUAUUUUUAUCUUGCACUCUCAUUGUCAUGAUUAAUUUUUGUAAUGACUUCAGCUAUAAAUUUUAAAUAAUUCACUUCUUAGAGCAUUAAGGGCCUUUUUAUAUGAGACCAGGAAACUCGGUCCACCGAGAUAUCCUGCAUGACCGAGAUAUCGGAUAUUUGCGGAAGAACGCUGAAAAUUAAAAUCGUGUUUAUGUAGUGCAUAUUUAUCUCGCCCCGGACAACGGGAAACUCGGUCAACCGAGAUCCUAGGCAAGUGAGCCGGGAUUCCGGUCAAACGGGAUGGAUAUUUGUCCAUAUAAACAGAAAAACCUGGUGGCAAAGUACGGAAAUAGUUUAUGUAACCUUAGAGGAGCAAAUAAUUAUCACUAUUAAUGCAUAUCAAUGGACAUAUUUGUUUUUGUAUCAUAGUGUAUUUCUAAUAAAAGACAACAAAACCAUGAAACAUGCUGAAAACACCAGGUUUCACUAAAAUUAUAUUUGAGAAUGAUCUAAGAUUAACUUUUAAUCCUGUUUCAAGCGUGUGGGAGAUUUUAAUGAAUAAUGUUUAAAUCGGUCAGAAAUGAUGGAAUAACUGAAAUUUUCAAAAAAUUUGAAAAAUAAUUAUUAGUGUUAACACAAUUGUUUCAAGCAUUAACAGUAUCGCUAUCUUUUUUCUGUUGUUGGAAACCAUAUUUGCUUACAUAUUCACCCGCCACUUUUAGUUUCCCACUAAUUUUUCUUCAUAUAAACCCGGGAUGGGAAAUGACAAAUUUACAUAUAAACCCGAGUUGAUUUUAGCCCGCUCUACCGGGAAACUUGCCCAUCGAGUUUCCCAGUUCUCAUAUAAAAAGGCCCUGAAUGUUCAACAGUACAAUUUGUAGGUAUUUCUUUCAUUACGUUAUUCUGUAACUAUUUUCUUUGUACAUGUGUGCUUCUAAGAGAACCCUAAAAUAUUGCAAAAUUAUUGGUAAAAAGAGACUUAAAGCACCCCAGAAAUGUUGGGGAAAAUGAAAUUGUGAAAGUUCUGACAGACCUCUAUUAUCCUGGUAAUUGCUCUUAAAGAUUUCUUAGUUAUUUAUAAUAUUUCUUUCAGAGAUCAAAGAAUAUUGAAUUAUGCUACCUAUAUGCAAAAUUGACGGUUUAUUAGUAUUUAUUUUCAUGAAUUAGCUCAUGUAUUUUCAAGGAUUCAGUAUUUUCGCUAAUAUAAAAACCAAUAUUUUUGAAAGUUUUGUGAUUGUUUAUUUGUUUGUAAACUUGUUUGUGAAAUAUUUUAAACUAGUUGUUAAUCCGUAGAAAAAUUCACAGGGUCGCUCAUCCUUUAUAUAUCGCAUUUUGCGUUUUCAUCACACAGCUUUUUUCUUGUGCACAAACAAACAGAAUAUGGCUAUUAUUAACAAGAUUAUAUCUUUUGAAAAUGUUUUUCUGUUAUUUAAAAUGUCUACCUUUAUUUUAUUCUUUUUAAUACCAUUGAAAGUACUUGUUAUGUUAUAAGAUAAAAAUUUAUGUUACCCUAAUAUUUUUGCUCAGGCGACGAUUAUUAUAUCAUAGAUUAUUAACAUUAACUUUGUACGUAAACAAAAGAGAAACAAAAGUCUAUGAUGUUACUAUUGUUCUCAUUAACUUUUUACUGAAUUUUCUUUCACGAAGGAUAGAACUGAUAGCAGGGGUGUUUGCCAGACCAUGAAACCUUGAAAUCAGGGUAUUUCACCUUGAAAACUUGAAUAUCAAUCUUGCUCCAGAGAAAACAUUAAAAGCCUGAAAAUAUGAAUUAUUUUUAAAAAAUGUCUGUCUAGUUAUAAAGCAUUCCUAUAACGCUGUUGUUGUUGUUGUUUUAUUUUUUUUAAAAAAGUAAGUUAGAAGUUUUUUAAGGUUCCAUUUUGUAUUUUUUUUACAUUACCUUUAUGUCUAUACCUAAUUAUUUUUCUUGUGUCUUUGUGCUUAAAAACCUUAAAAUAUCACUAAAUUACAGUAAAAAACACUCCUAAAUGGUUAAAAAUAUCUUGGUAACUUGAAAUACUCUGAAAGAUACUCAAUGCAAGAUUGGGCAUGUUUUAAUGUUCGAUUAUAAGCGGUACGAGAAGUCACAGUAAAUUGCAAAGUAUCAUUAACUUCUGUAGGAUUUUAUUUAGAAUUCAGCUUGAUAUAAUGUAUUUUGCAGUAUUUAGACAAAUAAGUGCCAUGAAUAUUGUGUUUUCUAGUUUCCAUGAACAAAAAGAGAUGUAGUAUUAUUAGAGGAGAAUGCCAAAGAAGGAAAAGAAAGCAAAGGGUAGUGGAAAAAGCAAGAAAGGGAAAUCAAA